AUGAUUUUUGAGCACAGACAUCCUCUACUCAACAUGAGACUGUUCAUAGCUGCUGCUGCACUUCUUGUGACAGCUCAAUUUGCCAUUGCUGCUCCAUUAUACCGACACACCAAUGACGGUGACUCCAACACAACCGAACAAGAAUUGAACGCGGGUCUUGAAGAUCUCCACAAUUAUAUCCAGCAAAACGACCCUUCCGCCGAAUCCGACUAUCAAUCACUGGUUCAAGAUAUUUAUUAUUUCGAAUAUGAAUAUUCCGAUAGUAAUAAGGAAGAAGCACAGCAAAAAUUGCAAGAGCUAGAGGCUCUUGUCACCAAACUCAAAUCCGAGGUCCCCGGCUGGCAGGGCUGGAGUUACCUGCCUGAUAUGACCAAUUAUGGCGGUGACUCUUACAGUGGUGACUCUUACAGCGGUGACACCACCACCCACUCUGAUUACGAUGAGGAUCACUCAUGGAACAGUGGACGUAAUGGGGACAGGAAUAACAAUCAUGGCUCAGACUGGAACAAAGACCACGGCAAGAACGACUGGGACAACUACCUUGAGCAUUCCAAUGGUGGCAACGAUUGGAACAAGGGCCAUGGAAGUGACUGGGACAAGAGCCACGGUAAAGAUUGGAAGCAUGGAAAGGACUGGGACCAUGGAAAGGAUUGGAACAAAGACCAUGGAAAGGACUGGAACAAAGACCACGGCAAGAAUGACUGGGAUCACCACAAUGAUGGUGACCAUGACUGGAAUAGCGGUCGUGGAGGUGAUUGGAACAAGGACCGUGGUGGUGAUUGGAAUAAGGACCACGGUAGUGACUGGAACAAGGACCAUGGAAAGAAUGACUGGGAUCAUAACAACGGCGGUAAUGAUGACUGGAAUAAGGGCCGCGGUGGUGACUGGAACAAGGAUCGUGGCAGUGAUUGGGACAAGAGCCAUGGAAAGGAUUGGAACAACAAUCACGGAAAGGAUGACUGGGAUCAUAACAAUGGUGGUGAUAAUGACUGGAAUAAGGACCAUGGCAGUGAUUGGAACAAAGACCAUGGAAAGAAUGACUGGAAUAAGGACCAUGGCAGUGACUGGAACAAAGACCACGGCAAGAAUGACUGGAAUAAGGACCAUGGCAGUGACUGGAACAAAAACCACGGCAGUGAUGGUAACAAAGAUCAGGGCAAGAAUGGAGGCAGUGGCUGGGAUAUAGUCCGCAACACAAACGACUACCUUGAUCAUUACAAUGGUGGUAACGAUUGGGACAAGAAUCACGGAAAGGACUGGAACAAUGACCAUGGAAAGGACUGGGACAAGAGCCAUGGAAAGGACUGGAACAAUGAACACGGCAAGAACAACUGGAAUCAUGAUAAUGGUUACGGCGAUGACAGCCGCAAUGAUGACUGGGACCACUACAAAAACCACGACUGGGAUAGCGAACAUGGCAAGAACGACUGGAACCAUAACAACAAAAAAUAUGAUGAUUAUGGUGGCAAUGGCUACGAUGGCGCUAACAAGCCUGGUGACUGGUCUGGCGAUGAUGGAACUGGCUAUGAUGGUGCUAACAAGCAAGAUGACUGGUCUGGCAGUGGCGGCAAUGGCUAUGAUGGUGCUAACAAGCAAGAUGACUGGUCUGGCAGUGGCGGCAGUGGCGGCAAUGGCUAUGACGGUGCCAACAAGCCUGGCGACUGGUCCGGCAAUGGUGGUAAUGGCUACGAUGGUGCCAAUAAGCCUGGUGACUAUUAG